AGAGAAAAUUAUUUCUCGUUUUCUCGAGAAGACACGAUAAUGUAGGUUUUUCUGUUGAAAUACUGCUGAAAACUCGAUUUGAACUGUGAUAAUUUUUUCAUACGAGAAUGUUGCAUAAAAUCAACGCUUCGAACGUAGAUAUUUUACUGUUACAAUCGUAACUCGACUGCUAGCUUGAAUAAUCGUGCCUUUUCUCAGUGUUUUAUCAAUAUUAGGUAAUGUUGUUAUUGUUAUUAUGGUUCUCUGAAGUGUACGAACUGUUGUGUGUUUCAAAUUACUGUUUUAAAAGGCGGAAAUCUCGUCUUGUUUUAGUUUCACGUAAUUCUCAUACACCCGGCGAUCAAUUGCGAUAAUACCCUACAGAAAAAUGAACGAUUCGCCGAUGAAAUUACAAAUCCUGGCAGCCAAAUCGGUAUGCAUUCGACUGGUACGCGAAUGGGCCGAGGAGGGCGAAAUACCCGUAAUCAAUGUCUGGAAAAGAGCUGCCGGCUACGGUACUUGCCCAGCUCACGACUGGUACCUGUGGCAGUUGAGUGAAAUGCCAAUACCUCGAUUCGCUCAUAUCCAGAACACAAUCCGGUACCAAAUCGAAGACAACAUGGCGCCGAUUCUAGACCAAGUCGUUAUCUGGAUCCAGCAUCAUCACGGCGCCGAUUUCUUCAACGAUCAACAAUCUUCGUUUUUGAGCGAAUACAUCUCGAAACUAGUUUGGAAUCAUCAUUUUCAAAUAGACUACGCCGCUAGUGCGAAAAAUAUCCUGACUAAUACGAAGCUAAGUCCAUUGGAGAGGUUCAGAUUCGCUGGCACUUACUGCAUCGUUGAAGAAAUCGAGAAAUUUCGUGACACGAUCGAUUCGAUGCCGAAAUUGGACUUUAAGAAGGAUCCGUUCGUCGUGUAUUGGAGCAAGUAUUUGAGAAACGAGCUGCAUACGAUACCGGUACCGAAGGAUAUGUCUCUGAAUUCGUUAAUGAUUAUCAUCAGUUCGAGCCAGUUCGGUUUAUGGGCACCGGUCGAGUACUUCUUCGGUAAACUAACCCAGGCGAGUAAAUUGGUCAAUAUCGAGCCCAUCAUCCGACUGUACGGUAACAGCGUACGAAUGAAUUUGCCGGAUAAAUUCAACGAUAAGGAGUGGAAUCUGGCAUUUCGUCCGGUCAUCUCGAAAAUCGUCGAGAAAAUCGUCGAAUGUGGUACCUUAGACGAAGUACGUUGCAUUUGGAGUAGGUUCAGGAGUAAAAUGGAUUCGAAGAAUUUCUGCUCCAUUCUGGAAACACUGGUCCCAUUAUCGAUGCGAAACGCGACCAGUUUCAAAAAAUGGACCCCACUGUUGAUGGAGAUCUGGACCAGUGCUGCCAGCGAAUUGAAACAAUCAGCCAUCGUCGAUACCGAACUAUGGCACAGUAUCGGUCGCAAAUGCGAACACCUCGUUCGAUUCGAAAAUGCUAAAGAUUUUCGUGCACGUCGCCAGAUCCCGGAGUCGAUGAAAUUCAUCAGAAUGGUGCUAAAAAGCACGAACGUGAAGAAAAGAACGGAAUUCUUGGAGCAGAAUUUCAGCUGGCUGAUUAUCUGGACGCAGUUUACCACCGUAGAUAGAUUGAUACGAGAAUUCCUCGAACGAUAUAAUCGCGACGUUGUCAAGUUGAAACAAUCCAUCGCUGAUAAUUCUGCCGAAAUAGAACGAUCCCUUUUGAUAUUUUUGUCGUUUGGCGAAUUCGACGAAUUCGACGUCGUGACGAGGUUUUAUUUCCCAGGUAUCAAAGGUGUUGCCAAAGAUACCGAAGAAGAAUUGCGAAACGGUUUGAUGUGCCAUAAAUGGGAUCUGGUUACGUCAGGGAAGGGUUUAAUGUUCUUGGCCACUUGUUUAUAUUUCGCUGAUUGGAAACAGUUGUACGAAUUUGUGCAGAAAAUGUGCUCGGUUGCCGGAUACUCGUUGAAUUCGUUUAUGUUUGAUUUAUUCGAACGAGGACAUUUACCAGGACUCGAGUACCUUACCAGGAAACUAGAAAGAGGCGAAAUGAUAGACCUAAAGGAGUGUCUGAGCAAGCUGGAGUGCCAUAGUGAAGGUGACGUCGUCAGACGAGGACUUCUGAUGAGACAAUUCAAAACGCACAUGUUUAAGGCUUUAUUCGAUAUCGACUCGGGACGUAAAAUGAUUUUUAAUCGAGCAGACGUGCAGGAUUUCUUGUUAUGGAUUUACAACGGCGAUGAAAUAUUAGUCGAGAAACACUUCAAGCAACCGGUGCUGUUUCCUAAAGGCUUUUUGGUCCAGUUGAUCGGUUGCUUCGACGAUGGCCACGAUGGUUUCUUAUUCCAAGCUAGCAAAUCGAUGGAAGAGUUUUUAAAGUGGUGUUUCGCGAAGGUCUCCGAAAGGCGACGAUUUAAACGCGAAAUGAUUUAUAAAUUUAAGCAGUAUAAGAUUAUCGAAGAUAUAUUGCUGAACAGAAGGUGUCGCCGGAGCGCGUUGUUUUGGUUUUUUGACGGUGAUGUAGGUUUGAUCGAGAAAUUCACUGCUGAUUGCGCGGGUAUUCCGAUGUAUACUAUUGUGGAGAAUAAUUUGAGAUCGGCGAGAUCUGAAGAGAUGAAGAAGUGAUUGGGGUGGAAUUAGGAGUCGAUGUUUUGGAGUAGCCAGUGAAAAUAUAUGAUCGAUAGAUGAAUCGAGAUUUUUAAAUAUGUAUUAUUAAUUUUGGUGAUUUUUGAUUCGAAUUUGUUUUUGAAUCCUUUGACGUAGAAAACAUUGCAUUCGAGGUGUCUUUUCCUGUUUGUUUAAUUAAUUUUUUUUCGUAAUUCUAUAAGUUGAUUUUUUUGUCGAGUUUCUUAUUGUAUUAACUGAGAUUUUAUAAAGUUCGAUUGACUUUAGUUUUUAAAUAAGUCGUAUUUGUCAGAUGUUUUUUUUUACGUGAAUAUGAAUGUGUUUUUUUAUGCGAGAGCUUUUGAUAUUAGAUUCUGUGGGUACUUGAUGUACAUUAACUACAUUUAUGAUUUAUUUUCUCGUGCAUAAUAUUUUUAAUUCAGUUUAGUUUGAAUUUGUAGGUGUGAUUCUUUGUUUUUUUUUCAAAUAUUGAUUGUUUUCAUUUGAAAUAAUACACGAUUGAGCUUGAUGAGAUUUUCGUACCUAAU